AUGUGUUAUUUGGAACUGCUGAAGCUACGUUUUGGGGAAAACGAGCUUCGUAAUUGCGAAGUGAUGCUCAAAGACGUUAAAGAUUCAAAUCGCAUAAACAAUCUGGUAACAAAAACGAUAGAAGAGGACGAAUCGCUUUCAAAGGCUCCGGUGAAUAUCUCCGCUUUAAUUAUAUCGUCCCAGUUUUGGCCUAAUGUGAAACAAGAGCGAAUGAUGCUGCCGGUCGAAGUCGAGCAGUCAUUGCAGCAAUUCAACAAGCUUUACGAAAAGUUGAAGGCAUCGCGAACCCUCGAGUGGCACACUUCAGCUGGGCUGGUAGACGUCGAAUUAGAAAUGGGCGGAAAGGCGACUCUCAUCGUAUUCCGCUCAGAGGCUAGACGGCAUGAUGGAAAUAGUUCACUGUGCUUUCUUCUGGAAGUAAUGCCGAUCACAACUUGCCAAUUGUUUCACAAAUUGAUAGGUUUUAACAUGUUCGGACUUUUCCAGUGGCAGAGACAGGAUGGUAACGAACGAUUGCACUAUAUAUAUAUAUAUAUAUAUAUAAUG